CCCUUCUUCCCAGACUUAACUACCAGCCUCAAGCGUUUUUAACUCUCUCCCCUCCAGCUUCUAGCGCCAGAUACCACCUAGAAAGGACAGAGGGGCGCCGCCUCAGCUCCUGCAAUGUGCCAGGUGGAGUUUGAGAUGGCCUGUGCUGCUAUCAAGCAGUUGAAGGGACCUGUGAGUGAUCAAGAGAAACUGUUGGUGUACAGCUUCUACAAACAGGCCACCCAGGGCGACUGCAACAUCCCUGCCCCGCCCGCCACAGACGUGCAAGCCAAGGCCAAGUGGGAGGCAUGGAACGAGAACAAAGGGAUGUCCAAGAUGGACGCCAUGAGGAUCUAUGUUGCAAAAGUGGAAGAGCUGAAGAAAAACGAUACUGGUUAAGGAGGACAGAGUGUCAGUCAGAAUGAAGUA